AUGCCUGAAAAUGGCGAAGAGAGAACUGUGAUACGUCAAGAAUUUUUCAUUAUUGCUAGGUUUCCUAGGUGCAUAGGAGCCUUAGACUGCACCCACAUUAAAAUAAAAUCUUCAGGUGGUGCAGACCCAGAAAAUUAUAGGAACAGGAAAGGUUUCUUUUCCUAUAAUGUACAGGUGAUUUGCGAUGCCACUUUGAAAAUACAAAAUAUAGUUUGCCGUUGGCCAGGUGCAUCACAUGAUGCAAAUAUAUUUGCAAAUAGUAGAGUUCGAGCCUUAUUUGAAACCGGACAUUUUGGCGACAGUUUGUUGGUUGCAGAUAGUGGUUAUGGUAUUAAGCCAUAUUUAAUCACACCACUAAGCCGACCUGAAACUCAGAGUCAACACUUAUUUAAUGAAUCUCAACUUCGCACUAGGAAUCCUGUCGAGAGAUGCUUCGGGGUAUGGAAAAGACGUUUCCCCAUCUGA